GGGAUUCCUCAUUGAGGCUGGCUUCACCCUGCUUUGUCAAGCUAACUACAAUUAGAAAUCUUUGUUACAGGCAAAGAUUGUCAGUCGUUAUGAUCGGUUACAGAAGAUUUUGACAAAUUUAGAAAACGGGUUGGAUAUUAGUUCUAUAUCUGAAUACAAAAUAUAGGGCUGAACCUGUUAUCAAAUCUGGUUCAGGCUUGUUGGGUGGUUGAUGCAUAGAGUAAAGAGGGUGAAACUUGAAGACGAAACUCAAGGUAGUUGUAAAAGUUACUCAGCUGUUGGGAUGACUGCAGUUGACGAGCUCUCGGACAGCACAGAAGUGGUGGAGAUGGAGGACGUUCCCACGCAGUUCUUUGUGGAGAAGCACACCUGGGACGGCCUGAGGAGCAUUAUCCACACCAGUCGCAAGUACUCAGGGAUGGUCAUCAACAAGGCCCCGCACGACUUCCAGUUUGUGCAGAAGCAUGACGAGUCGAGUCCCCACUCCCAUCGGCUGUACUACCUCGGAAUGCCCUAUGGAAGUAGGGAAAACUCAUUACUUUACUCGGAGAUCCCUAAGAAGAUUCGCAAAGAGGCCCUGUUAGUGUUGUCGUGGAAACAGAUGCUAGAUCACUUUCAGGCCACCCCUUACCAUGGGGUGUACUCCCGGGAGGAGGAGCUGCUCCGGGAGAGGAAGCGACUGGGCGUGUUUGGCAUCACGUCGUACGACUACCACGCCGAGAGCGGCCUCUUCCUUUUCCAAGCCAGCAACAGUCUCUUCUACUGCCGCGAUGGGGGAAAUAAUGGCUUCAUUCAGGCGUCCCCCAUGAAGCCUGUAGAGAUUAAGACACAAUGCUCAGGCACGCGCAUGGACCCCAAGAUCUCCCCAGGGGACCCAAGCUUCAUGGCUUUCAUCAACAACAAUGACCUGUGGGUGGCCAGCAUUGAGACCGGAGAGGAAAAGAGACUCACAUACUGCCACAAAGGGCUAAAUAAUGUGAAGGAGGACCCCAGGUCUGCAGGCGUAGCCACAUUUGUGAUCCAGGAGGAGUUUGAUCGCUUCACAGGCUACUGGUGGUCCCCAGCUGCUCCUGAAGAUUCGGAUGGAGGGAAGACCCUUCAGUUAUUGUAUGAGGAGGUGGAUGAGUCAGAAGUGGAGGUCAUCCAUGUCCCAUCCCCCGCUCUGGAGGAGCGCAAGACUGACGUGUACAGAUACCCUCGCACAGGGAGCAAGAACCCUCAAAUUACUCUCAAACUGGCAGAAAUUCGAACAGACCACCUAGGCAGAAUUGUGAGCACACAAGACAAAGAGCUGGUUCUCCCAUUCGCCACCUUGUUUCCCGGAGUAGAGUACAUUGCCCGAGCUGGCUGGACAAAAGACGGCAAAUAUGCAUGGGCUGUGUUGCUGGACAGGACCCAGCAGCGCCUCCAGCUGGUCCUGCUCCCCCCGGCCCUCUUCAUCCCUGUAGCAGAGGACUCCGCCCAGCGAGAGGAGAGCGUGGAGGCCGUGCCCGAGGGGGUCCACCCCUUCAUCAUCUACGAGGAGACCACGGACAUCUGGAUCAACGUCCACGACAUCUUCUAUCCGUUCAUCCAAACCAAUGACGACGAGAUCACCUUCCUGUGGGUGAACGAGUCCAAAACAGGCUUUUGCCACCUGUACAAGGUCACCUCCCUGUUACAGCAAGGCUGCUACCAGUGGGCCCGAGACUACACUCACUCCGAAGAUGAUUUUAAGUGCCCGAUCAAGGAGGAGGUGACACUGAGCAGUGGGGAGUGGGAGGUGUUGGCCAGGCAUGGCUCUAAGAUUUGGGUGAACGAGGCCACUAAGCUUGUGUACUUCCAAGGCACCAAGGACACACCCCUGGAGCACCACCUGUACGUCGUGAGCUAUGACUCUCCGGGAGACAUCAUCAGGCUGACCAAGCCUGGCUUCUCUCACAGCUGUUCCAUCAGCCAGAACUUUGACAUGUUCGUCAGCCAUUAUAGCAACGUUAGCACGCCUCCCUGCGUCCAUGUCUACAAGCUAACAGGCCCAGAGAGUGACCCCCUCCACAAAGAGCCGGAGUUCUGGGCUAGCAUGAUGGAGGCUACUGGAUGCCCCACGGACUACGUGCCUCCCGAAAUCUUUAACUUCCCGGGGAAGUCAGGGUUCCAGCUCUACGGCAUGUUGUACAAACCCCACAACCUGGUCCCUGGAAGGAAGCACCCCACAAUCCUCUUUGUGUACGGUGGCCCUCAGGUGCAACUGGUGAACAACUCCUAUAAAGGAGUGAAGUACCUGCGUCUGAACACUCUAGCGUCUCUGGGUUACGCUGUGGUUGUUAUUGAUGGAAGGGGCUCCUGUCAAAGAGGGCUGAAGUUUGAAGGGGCGCUCAAAAACAAAAUGGGCCAGGUAGAGAUUGAGGACCAGGUGGAGGGGCUGCAAUACGUGGCUGACAAGUACAAGUUUGUGGACCUGAGUCGCGUGGCCAUCCAUGGCUGGUCCUACGGAGGAUUCCUCUCCCUUAUGGGGCUCAUCCACCGGCCCAACAUCUUCAAGGUGGCUGUAGCGGGGGCCCCCGUGACCGUGUGGAUGGCCUACGACACGGGCUACACCGAGCGCUACAUGGACGUGCCCGAAAACAACCAGCAGGGCUACGAGGCCGGCUCGGUCGCCAUGCAUGUGGACAAGCUGCCCAACGAACCCAACAGGUUACUCAUACUUCAUGGAUUUCUGGAUGAGAACGUGCACUUUUUCCACACCAACUUCCUGGUGUCUCAGCUCAUCAGGGCAGGGAAGCCAUAUCAGCUACAGAUUUACCCCAACGAGAGACACAGCAUCCGCUGCCCGGAGUCUGGAGAGCACUACGAGAUCAUGCUGCUACACUUCCUCCAGCAAUACCUUUAAUGAGGGCUGCGGUGUAUUGGACAGAGCCUCUCCCCUUCCCCCUGCACCCCUGGCCUAACCUAUGUACCUAUCUAUAUCUACCAGUCACCCUGUCUCCAACGACCCUACCCCCCCCCCCCCCCCCCCCCCCACC